AUGAAUUAUUAUGACGAAACUCUACAGGGCAAAUCUAUCCUUAAGCCAGAUAAUUGGUAUCAUGUAGCAUUUGUUUUUGAUGCAGUAUCACUUCAACUUUCAAUUUAUCUCAAUGGCAAACAAGAUGUAACAAAAAAAGUAUCGGUAAGUAAUUAUGGUACAAUUGAUUCGAUAACUAUUGGUACAUCGUAUAUUACUCGUCAACAUCAUACUCAUUUCGAUGGUUAUAUUGAUCAACUUUCAAUUGUGUCGUCCGCUAGAAGUGCUGAAGAUAUAUUACUUGAUGCAACAUCGAUCCAAUCAACAACAAUCAAAGAACCAAUGGAAAAUUCGAACGUUAUCGUUGAUUCUUCUCUAUCAGAGAAUUGUCAAACACAAAAUGAGAUUAUUCAACAACAAGCCAAAGUAAUUGAGCAACAAAUUACUAUGACCAAAAAUGUUUUACAAAUGAGUAUGGAAACAGUUUCACAAAUGUGGAAUCAGCAACAAGAUCAAAGAGUUUGCAAAAGCAAUAUGCAAUCUUUACCUUCUCAUCAUGAUUAUACACCUCCGAAUACAGUCUGGUGUCCUUGGAAAGAAGAUUGUACUCAAAUUCUUGAUAAUCGAGGACGGAUGACUAUUGAAAUGGAUCAACAACUAUCUGUACCAUUUGAACUACAUAUGUCGAUCAGUGAACAACCGAUAAAUAGAAGUUAUAUUGUUCAUUUCUCUAUUGAUGAACGUCAAGUAUCUAUAUAUAAAACAUUUAAUAAUAUAACUACUAGGAUUCAUCAAACGACAAAUAAGGACCAUAUUUUGUACGGUGAGAAAGGUAAAUAUUGGUUAAGCAUUGACUAUGCUAAUUUAUUUGUUAAAUAUGGUCAAGGUGAAGUACGAGAUCGUUGUACAUUAAUCAAAACUGAUGUGCCUAAUAGUGAACAAGAUUAUAUAAGAAGUAUUCAGUAUGCUCAUAUUUCUUUUAAUAAUAGUCGUGAAAUUGCUCAUUUGAAAAAAUUUGAAAAUAAAAUCAGAAUGAAAGUUGGUAAAAAUCCAGUUGUUGAUGAUCCAGCAUUGAUCGUUAUUACACCAGAUCAAUUUACUAUAGAUCAUCAGCAAAAUAACACCGUUAUACCGAUCACACGAUUAGAUUCCCAUUGUCAAGCUCUUUAUCACGAUGUUAUCCAUUGGCGAUUUCAGGAUGAUGAUUUUCCUUAUCUUUAUGAAGCCAUUGAACAUAGUAUUAGUAAUAACAAAGGUUGGUGUCAUCAAAAAUUAAUCGAGAAAGCCAGUCGAUUCGGAGGACGGAAUCUUUGA